UUUGAUUUUGAAUAAGAAUACGUGCACGUCGCAUCGGAUAGAGUCAGUCUUUGGCUCAUUCGCAAUGUACUAGUCAUUCCUUACACACCUGUCCUUCCUUUCCUUUCCUUUCCCUUUUCCUAUUGCUCUGUCCUCUAUUUCUCCUUUGUACGAAUACAAUGAUAUGACCAUGUGGGUGUACAACCAAUUCACCCCCGACCCUCACAGCCAUACCGCCACUGUCGUCACCAUAAACAUCCUCUUUCCGGCUCUCGCCCUCAUCGCCAUCGCUUUCCGGUUUUAUGUUCGCCUGCACUUAAGAAGGACGCCGUGGCUUGAUGAUUAUGCUGCGCUCUCGAGUGCUGUGUUGGGAGCUGCUUAUGGGGCGAUUGCUGUUGCUCAAACAAGAUGGGGCCUCGGUUUAAACGCAUCAUUCUUCCCCGUUGAAAAUAUUGUUCCGUUCGGAAAGAUCCAAUAUGCCGGCGGCCCUGUCUACACAAUGGCCCUCCUCGGCUUCAAAGUCUCCCUCCUAACCUCCUACCUCCGUAUCGGCGGCUUCGUCAACGCAUACAAAUACACCAUCCUCGUCGCCAUCGCUGCCUGCACUAUCAACCAACUCAUCUUCACCUUCCUGCUGCUCUUCGCAUGCAACCCGAUCGCGAAACAAUGGGACGCUGCACUUCCGGGUCACUGUAUAAAUACAGUCCCUAGUUAUUACGGGCUAGCGGGCACAAGUCUCGGCUUCGAUAUACUGAUUAUUGCGCUGCCGUUGCCGGUUCUGGGGAACUUGCAGUUACGGCGGAAACAAAAGAUCGCAUUGAUGGGGGUUUUUGCGCUCGGUUUCUUCGUCACAAUCAUCCAGAUUAUUCGCAUUUUUACGGUCAAGAAUCUCAAGACGUAUACGGAUAGCAGGCCGAUUGUUAUUUGGUCGGUUAUUGAGAUUUCGCUUGGUGUGAUUUCAACUUGCAUCCCAACCUAUGCCCCCCUCUUCCGCGCCUUCACCUCCCUCAACUCCUACUACAACCGCUACGGCUAUGGGAACAACGGCAACACCUACGCCCUCGCCACACGAAACAUGACAAACCGCACCUCGCGCCGGCACACAAAAGCACACACAAACACGCAUAGUAUCUCUACCAGUCGAUUGGACACUGAUCUUGAGAUUUUAGAUGAUGGCACCACGAUAGGCAAAGGCGGUGGUUUUGAAACGACGAUUAUGUCUGUGAAUACGCCGAUGAGUUCGACAUUUCCUGGGAGUUCUGUUGGGGGGACGAGUGUGGGGAGGGCGAGGGAUUCGGACUCAGAAGAGUUGAUUAAGAGGAGUGCGGCGCAGGUGCAGGGGCUGGCUGUUCCAGAGGCGGCGGUACAUCAUCAUGAGGAACCGCCGGGGACGGGGGUGAGUAUGGGUGCGAGUGCGGAAGAGGAUCCGUUGCAGAUCCAUACGUUUACCGAGUUUAAGAUUGAGAGGCAUCAGGUUUGAUGCUGUUGUACUGUCUUUGUAUAUAUUAAUAUAUUAUGAAUGAUGU